ACCAUACCAUAUAUCCGAUCAUCGGACCACUUUGUGUUGCCCUGGGAAGGCGGUCAUGAACAGGCCUUGGAAUGUCGUGUGCCAUUCGCACUACUUUUAGAGCUGAGUGUAUCCUUAGAUGGAAUUUCCGAGGUGGAUUUCUGGACCGCUGAUUGGCCCAUCGAAACCAGACGUUGGUUUUGGCCCGUUCCCAAUCAAAAACCCGUGAGCAGUUCUUACCAUAGUGAGCAGUGUACCGAUUAUCCGAACUGCGUGGACCAACUGAUCGCGGUGAGCAAUAAUGCAAUGGAAACUACUCCAUCCAGUGAUGUGCUGUAUCGUUUGCUGGUUAGCAUAUGGGCUUUCCACACGUUGACAGAACGGUUGGUGGACAACGGAGUCCCAUAUCACGUAUCGCGACCGCCUACACUCAAACGUAUUUGUCGCUUCCGAAUUCGUCAAAUUGUGAACAGGCGUUUUUGUGAUGUACCGGUGAAUGAAGCGGGAAAGACAGACUCCGCGAUGGAUGUUCAAAAUUAUUCAAGCAUGGUUGAAGUCCUUCCGAUACCACCUGAGUUGAAAAGUUACCUGAUGUAUUCUGACCUGUGGCCUACGACAAUCGAUAUUAAGAAAAUAUUUUUGCCCGAAGCUCAAACGGACGAGACUGGAGAGAUCGCGUUCACUGGUGAGGAGCCCUUCGGUGUGGUAUCUUAA